UAAUCAGUCACUGAUCGAUAAUAGUCUACAACAUUUGGCACAGAUCCAGGCUGCUUCAGCAGCACCGGUACCGGCACUACCCGUUGUUGUCAAUCAACCUAAUAUACCGGUUGAAUGGGAUUGGAGAAAGUAUGGUAUAGUAACACCAGCUAGAAAUCAGGUCAUCUAAUGAAGGUUCAGAUCGCUGAGGGAAAGUUUGAUCCGAAAAAUCAAUUGUCAUUAAGUGGACAAAAUCUGAUCGACUGUUCCACUAGUUUCGGAAAUAAGGGUUGCAAUGGAGGUAUUUUUGAUGACAACACAUGUAAUGCCGAAAAAAUUAGCAAAUCAUUGCUUGCCGUUGGUUAUACUCCCGAGUAUUUUAUACUGAAAAAUAGUUGGGGCACAAAAUGGGGUGAAGAUGGCUACAUAAGACUGUCCCGUUCAAAGGUCAACAAUUGUGGUGUCAGUCAACAGGCCUACUAUCCAGUGCUGGCCAAUGAUGUCGGAACCGAUAAAAUCAGAGACAAACUAAAAGAAGUCAAAUAAAUUUCAUUUGAAUAUAUUA